AUGCCAGAGUUUCUAGCAUCAAUUGAGACAUACAACCCUAAAAUAAUCUUUGUUACAGAAACUUGGUGGCAUGAAUCAUCGAUAACUAACGUUGAAAACUAUAUGUUAUUCAGAAAAGAUCGCGUGUCCAGUAGAGGAGGUGGGGUGGCUAUUUAUGUCGACACUUCAUUAAAACCUAAUGAAGUAAGCGAAAUUGUUUUAUUAGAUUCCCCUGAACAAAUUUGGUGCGAAAUAUCGUACGGUUCCAAACACAUCCUUCUGGGUUGUAUAUACAGGCCACACACGCUAGAUCCACUCGAGAAUAUUGAAGCGUCCAUUAUUAAAGCGAAUGAACUUCUGUCUAAAAUAUACAGCGGCUUGUUGAUUUGUGGAGACUUUAAUUUGCCAGGGAUUAACUGGGAUUUGAGCAGUAUCCCAACUGUCAGCAACACAGAUAUCCUUUCAAGUAAUUUUAUUGACAUCCUCGCCGAGUCGUUUUUGAUACAAUUUGUUACUAAGCCCACUUUUCAACUUGAUGAAAUUACAUCGAACAAUACUCUUGAUCUAAUUAUAGCCGAAAAUGAAAAUCGGGUCCUCGAUAUUAUUCACCAUGCACCUUUAACGUCUCUGAAGAAAUCUCACCACGUCCUUCAAUGGGAUUACGUUGUUAAAAGCGCUGCAGUUGUAGGAAAACACAUUGAAAAACGCGUUUAUCAUAAAAGUAACUUUGUAAAGAUAUCCGAAUAUUUUAACAAUAUCAACUGGCAAAUGGAAUUCAAUGGACACAAUACUGAUGACUGUUAUAACAUUUUCCUGAACCACUACGAGGCUGCAUGCAAAUAUUAUGUCCCAGUGACUAACUUAAAAUGGAUUCGUCGUCGAAGUGAAUGGAUGAAUGAUGACAUCAAAAAUAAAAUAAAAGCUAAAAAUAAACUAUGGUUUCGAUGUAGAGCGAAUGGAUAUAAAAAUCUUAAACUAGUCAACGAAUACAAAGCGUGUAAUAUUCAAUUGAAGAAGCUCAUAUAUAAAGCUCGUUGUGAGUUUGAACUUGAUUUAGCGAUAAAAUUGAAGCACAACCCAAAGAUCCUGUUCAAUGUUUUCAACAAAAAUGAAGACGAUGAACUGCCAUAUUUUAUAAAACGAACUGAAGCCAUCUGCAAAUACUCGCAAAUAACGCUAGAUCUGGUUAAAAACAAGCUGAGCAAUUUAUCAGUUGACAAAACCGUUGGUUUGGAUGUUGUAAGCGCAUAUGUACUGAAGAACUGUUCUGACAGCUUCUCAAUACCUUUAAGCGCAAUUUUUAAGAAGUCGCUAGAUAGUGGGUGUUGUCCUAAAGUAUGGAAAAAAGCUAAUGUAACACCACUGUUUAAAAAUGGAAGUAGACUCGACCCAGGCAAUUACCGGCCUAUAUCCUUAACAUCAGUUGUAUGUAAAGUGAUGGAGAGAAUAUUACGUGACACUAUGGUCAAUCAUUUAGUCGAACAUAGCCUUAUUUCAAAAAAUCAACAUGGUUUUGUCAAUAAAAAAGCAUGUGUGACUAAUUUGUUGGAGUCGAUUGACAUGAUGUCAAAAGCAUUAUCUGACAAGAUAUCUAUGGACGUAGCUUUUAUAGAUUUCAGUAAAGCAUUCGAUAUGGUUUCCCACAAGAGACUAAUUUACAAACUUGAGGCAUAUGGUUUUACUGGAAAUCUCUGA